CAAGAAAAUGGAGCACAAAACUGACAAAGAAGAUCAAAUUGAAGAGUUUGUAGACUGUACUGAUGUUUUUAUUGACAAAAUAAUUGAAGACUGCAUUACUGAUCCAUUUCCAGAUCUUUUGCCUGUCGCAUGUGGAGACGUCAAGGACUCCGCAGGCUUAAAGACCCAAGGGUACGUUAACGUGAAUCUAAAUCAAAACGACCAAGCUAACACUAGUACUUUUUCUUUCUGUGAAAAACCAUUAAUUCCGGGACACUUAGAUCCUAUGUUCCAGGAGUUUGGCCUAGAUGCUCAUAAUUUUGACUUACUAGAUGAAAAUAUUUCCCUCAUACGUCGAUCACAGAGUGACGACUUGCUUUCUGGUUCUAUCAGUAAAAUUAAUCAGGAGUCUUUGCAACGUUCCACAAAUAGUGAGAAAAACAUUCGCAACCUCAUUUCUCCAACCGAGAUAUCUUUACACUCCACGUUCCCCAAACCUUUCAAUGGGUGGACAAAUGAUGAUGCUAGCAGUGGCAGUGAAGUCAGUUCGGAUAAUAUCGACUUCUCUGCCGAGUUUGAACAUAGAAUCGAUCUUUUAGAAUCAGCUGACUUUGCAUUGGAGGAAGCAUUUUUCAUGUUAAGAGGCUGUAUUGAAAAGCUACGGUCACCUGGAGAUCCAACAACAGAACAUUUAGAAGUUGCAAAGGAACAAGAUGUGAACUUAGAAAAUGUGCCCAAAACAAUAGAUAUAGAUGAAGAAACAGCUAAUACUGUUACAGAAAACAUCAAGGUUAACAAAAAAGGGGGAGAAGAAGAUAUGCCAAAAGAAGAGGAGACAAAACAGGAGGAAUCCCGAAACAUCCAAGACAACAAAAUAUAUAAAGAACUUUUGACAUUGAUUGUGGAAUUGGAGUCAAAAUUUGAACACUUUACGACCGAAGUGGGAGAUCUUGUUCAGCUCGGAGCUUUCUCGGUUAAGCAUGCCGUAAAGGUAGAACAAUUCACCAAAUUUGUGAAAAGCAUGUAUGUGAAACUGAGAAUGGACAACGAAAAUAUGCAAGAAUAUAUACACGACAAAGAGGCUGGAUGGCUCCAGACACAAGCAAAACUGCAUAGCGAGAUUGUUCGUCAAACAGAUGAAAUUCAGGUACUGAUGACAGAACUCUCCAACAGCACCUUGCAAAACCGGAUUCGGAGGCAAAUGCAAGAUCGACACCUCAAUCCAGGGAGGAAAGAGACGUCAUCUACGGAGAAUAUUGUCAAUCUGAUGCUUCACCAGAGAUGUUCAGUCGAAAAAGCAAUGGCGUUGGAUUUCAGUCGCCAGUCCAAGAUUAAUGAGCUAAAAUUGCUGGUCCUACAACAACAGAGCUACAUUCAGAAACUGGAACUACAAAACAAGGAGAUGGAGAUGGUCAUUCAGGGUAUGCUCUCUCCUGAUGAUGAGCCAAAGGAGCCACCGAAGGAGUACCAAAAUGUUAGUCCCUUGAAUAGUUCCAUUAGCAUGGUAUCCGAUGUUCUUUUCUGCGACCACGCCCCUUAUCUCGUGGAUAAAUCUACCGACUGUUCUCUGGUUUCGGAACAGGUUUUUCAGAUAGGAAAUUCUACCAAGAACGAAAACCGGUUAGAGGCGGUAUUUGAUCCGCAGCGACUGUCUUACGUACGGAACAAUAUACGUGAACAGGAAGUUUUGGAGGCCGAACCCUCUUUAACGCAAGAUGUCGGUAGUGGUGAGAGUGGAGGAAUAAAUGGCAUACCCACGGGAUCUGAACUUGAAGCAGGGGUGCAGGAAAGCAAACAAAAAGUGCAAGAACCAGAUGAACUGGCGCCGGCUCAAGAUAACAUGUAAUUACACCAAUCUCUACCUAGAGUUGCCGUUUCUUGUACUCACAUAUUUUCAAUAUUCUUGUAAAACGGUAAAAACGCUGGAGUGAAAUAUGGUUUCGAUUUCAGAUGCAAAAAAUAUACGUAAAUAAUCAAGAUUAAGCAGAGGCCGUUUCUUUCUGUGACACAAGAAACAUUGAAUUGUCUUGAAACGUGGCUAUUGUUAGAUUGCAUUAUAUACAAGCAUUGUAAUGGGAAAUAAAAACUACAAUAAGUCGCUUGCCCUACAUUUUUCUGAUAGUUCAGAAAGUAGUUCUUAGUUUUAUUUUUAUUGAGCGUGAAAUAAUGCAUUUACACGUGGAAUAUAUAACACUGCUAAUUUUGAGACGUUGACAGAGGUAUAUGCGAGUGUAAGGAAUGAUAACUCUGGGUAAAGAUUGGCAAUUGCAGGUUUUCUUCCUAUUGGAGAAAGUGUGACCGACAUGACGACUUUCUCAAUUCUCAUUUCUGUGAUAAGUAAACUGUUAAUUGUUAAUGGUUACUGUUUGUUGUUGAAUCUGUGAUAAUUAAGCAAACAAUUAUCCUAUUGUUUUAGGCUACCCAAGUUUCUGAAAAACACAUUAUCAUAGCCUACUGGUAUUUUCUUGUAUUGUAUUUCAUUAUUUUAGAAUUAUAUUAUUAUACUAGUGCUGUACAUAACGUAACAUAUACUAUAUUAUACAUGUAACAUUGCUUAGUUUGUAAAUAUACAAUGUACAUAUGCAUGUAUAUUGUACAUUUUAGUUUAGAUAAUGCACAAAAUGUAUAUAUAUUAUAAUAGAUUUUGAAAUAUU